AUGGCAGAAACAGCUCCCGAUGCUUCUGAGAAACUGGUUGUCAUCCACUCCAAAGCUCACAAAGACACCAUUCUAGCUAAUUUUGAAGAACAAAGGAAAAAGGAUUUUCUUUGUGACAUAACCCUAAUAGUGGAGAAUGUGCAGUUCAGAGCCCAUAAAGCUUUGCUUGCUGCCAGCAGCGAAUACUUCUCAAUGAUGUUUGUAGAUGAGGGUGAAAUAGGGCAGUCGAUCUACAUGUUGGAGGGAAUGGUUGCAGACACCUUUGGAGCACUGCUAGAGUUUAUCUACACUGGUUGCCUCCGCGCCAGUGAAAAAAGCACAGAACAAAUUCUGGCGACUGCACAGCUGCUGAAGGUGAAUGACUUGAUAUGGGCCUGUACAGACUGCCAGGCCAGCCGUAGCCCGAGUGGCACGUUACCGGCUCCACCAGGAGCCUCUGUAGCCGUUAUCGCAAGCGACAAGAAAAACGAGGAACCACCAAAGCGAAAGCGAGGGCGACCGAGGAAAGUGCAGAAUGUCCAAGAAGAAAAAUCAGCCGCAAAUUCUGCCGAAGAUGUGCAGCUGAGAGAGAACAACUCCAUGCAAAACAAGCAAAACUUCAUGAAAAAAGACACCGUGGAAGAAGAAACAGUUGUCAGCGAACAGGUUCCGGCGAGGAAGGAUGCGGAAGAAACUGAACCAGCUUGUGGCUCAGAAGCUGCUGUCGAUCUGUCAGCUGAGAAAGAUGAGAAUUACGAUCCCCAGUCUGAAGGAAUACAGAGCACUCAGAGCCGUUAUAGCAAACGUAGAAUAAGGAGAUCAAUCAAACUAAAAGACUAUAAGCUUCUCGGUGAUGAGGAUGAAAAAGAACUGGCAAGGAGAACUGAUGGAAAAAGAAAACGCGCAGGUUCUGAAGCUCGCUGUAAAGACUGUGGCAAAGUGUUUAAAUAUAAUCACUUCUUAGCCAUUCAUCAGCGCAGCCACACAGGGGAGCGCCCUUUUAAGUGCAGUGAGUGUGGCAAAGGCUUUUCCCAGAAACAUUCUCUUCAAGUCCAUGAGCGGAUGCACACUGGAGAACGGCCAUACACGUGCACCGUCUGCAGCAAGGCUCUGACAACAAAACAUUCUCUUCUGGAGCAUAUGAGCCUACAUACAGGACAGAAGGCUUUUACAUGCGAUCAGUGUGGGAAAUACUUCAGCCAAAAGAGACAGCUCAAGAGCCACUAUCGAGUACACACAGGCCGUUCACUCCCGGAAUGCAACCAGUGUCGUCGCAAAUUCAUGGAUGCAGCUCAGUUAAAGAAACAUCUAAGAACACAUACAGGUGAGAAGCCCUUCACUUGUGAAAUUUGUGGCAAAUCAUUUACAGCUAAAAGUUCUCUUCAGACUCACAUUAGAAUUCACAGAGGAGAAAAGCCAUAUUCUUGUGGUACAUGCGGAAAAUCCUUCUCUGAUUCCAGUGCUAAGAGAAGACACUGUAUCUUACACACAGGCAAAAAGCCUUUCUCCUGCCCAGAAUGUAGUUUGCAGUUUGCUCGCCUGGACAACCUGAAGUCUCAUUUGAAAAUUCAUAGCAAGGAAAAGCAGUUUCAGGAAGCCAGCGCUGCUCCAGGCACCAACACUAACUCAGAAGAAGUGAGAAACAUUCUUCAGCUGCAGCAGUAUCAGCUUGCCACCUCUGGAGGGCAGGAAAUUCAGCUGCUGGUUACAGAUGCAGUACAUAAUAUAAACUUCGUGCCUGGUCACAGUCAGGGCAUUAGUAUUGUUACUGCAGAAAAUGCCCCAAACAUGGCAACGGAGCAGGCUGCUAACCUCACGCUGCUUGCUCAGCCGCCACAGCAGUUGCAGAACUUGUUGCUUUCAGCUCAGCAGGAGCAAGCGGAACAAAUCCCAAGCAUCAAUAUGAUUGCAAACCAAAUAGAGACUGCCCAACCUGAACAAAUGCAUGUCAUCACUCAUUCCAAGGAAGCACUGGAACAUCUCCAUGCUCAUCAAGGACAAAGUGAAGAAAUCCACUUAGCAGGAUCUUCUCAUCCAGCUCAGCACGUGCAGCUGACUCAGGAAUCAAGUCAACAGUCUCACUCUAGCCAAGAUACGGUUCCUUCCCAUCAAAUCAGUGAAGAACAGAAUGGAAGUGUACAUGUUUCUGAAUCUCAUCAGCAGUCUCUGUCAGUAAAUGAGUCAUCUCAUGAGCAUCCUAUUCAGGGACAGGCUUUCUGAAAUGCUUAUUUGUCAUCAAAGGGCUAGGCUAUAGCAUGCUUCUCAUCCAGGCAGUGAUUACAUGUAUCACGCUUUCUUGUUGCAGCAUAAUCUAUUUGAAGAUGCAUUUCUUGGUGAUUUUUGGUGGGUGGCUUUCAGUUUUCUUAACUUUAUUUAUUUUAGACUUCUAAAAUUUUUCCAGAUUGGUAAUUCUCUACCACUUAGUCCAUACCUCACAAG